AUGUGCGACGAGCAACCCCAACAAGAGAAUGCGCUCAUUUCUGCUCAGAAUCAUGGAACGAUUCUGCUAAUGGUAGUCUGGUCACUUGCUUGCCUGCUGACUAUCGCGGUGGUCGCAAGAAUAAUCGUUCGAUACAGGUCAGGAAGUCACUAUCGUGUACCAUGGACCAACGACAUUGUGAUAUUCAUUACAUUCCUCUGUGCUCUGGGCAGCAUCAUCGUUACAUCCAUGGCUGUCAUGUCAGGCUUUGGUAAGAAAGGUUGUCUUUUGAGCGAUGGUGAGGUGGAACAGAUUCAGCUCAGGCUAUAUGUCUCCACACUAUUGUUCAUCCUAGUCGCGAGCAUAUCGAAAAUUUCGGCAUUGGUGUUUCUCUAUCGCCUGGCGGGAACUGCUCUGCGAAAGGCCAGUGUAAUAAUUACCAGCAUAUUGGCCGUGACGUGGACCAUCGUUGUUUUGUCUGGUAUGGUCUUCCAAUGUGAAUUGCCGACGCCUUGGAGGGUAUGGACCGGCAAAUGCAUUCCACUGGUACCAUUUUGGAUGACUAUGAACUCAGUUGAUACUGCCCUGGAGGCAGCUAUCUUCGCACACUUCGCAUGCAGCAUAUGGUGGCUGCGCAAGCCGUUUCAACAAAAGACACUUGCAAUAUUACUUCUUUCAUUACGAUUAAUUUUAAUUGCAGAAUCUGUCACUCGCCUCAUCUACCUUACACCAGCCUACGAUCGCGAUGCGGGUCCAACCUACUGGUCUUUACCCUAUCACAUCGCUACACAAUGCCACAUCGCGCUUGCUAUUUUCAUAGUCUGCACUCUUUACUUGAAGCCAUUCAUCAAGCUUCAACAAUCACGCUCAGAUACUCUCACGCCCAGAUCGGGACUCUCAAGACAAUGGUCAAGCACCACUAUCGGCGGCACUCCCUACGAGUCCGAGGACCCCUUCACAUCAAAUAUGACUGUUUCUAAAGAACCCCUGCCGUCUAUUCAGGCUAGCAUGUACAUGCCAAAAACGUCAAUCGCGACAGCAACUUUGCCCAAGCCUGAUAUUCUUUUGCCGGAUAAGCCGACGCCAAAACGGUUUGCCAAGCCACCGCCUAGACCGCCGCCACCAAGAGAGUCGCUACGUCCUGAUAUGAGCUUGUUCGUCAGAACGAACGGAUUUCGUUAG